CAUGGGAAAAUACAACUCCAGUAGUACAAGACAGUCUUGUAAAAUCAAUAUUCUUGGAAGUGUUUUAGUUGAUGCUGCUUUUGAAGUAAUAUUUGCAACAUAAAAGAGUCUUUCUGUUGAAGAUGAGUCAAACUGCAAAUGGAACAGCAACUAGCAUGAUGGAGUCAUCUAGUCAUCAAAAUGUUAGCAAUGCCCAUGGAGGAAGUGAAUAUUCUUACAUUUUGAUAGUCAUGUUAUUCUAUGGCAUUUUCUUGUUGGGAAUAAUGUUUGGUUACAUGAGGUCCAAAAGGAAGGAUAAGAAUGCAAAUCUGCUUUUACUCUAUGAAGAUGAAAAGAUGGAAUGGCGUGUAAAGAGGAAAUCACUUCCAUCCAUUUCUGGCCUGAAAUCUAUGCAGAAGCCCCUAGUGUUUAGUGCUCUGCAAGGUAGCAGGAUUCAAGCCCUAUCUUGUGCGAUGUGCUCCAUGGAAGGUAACAGCAAUGGUUCUGAAUCUUCUUUCCCUGAUAUUCACCUCACUAUUCAUGAAGAAGAGAGUGACAGUGAGCACGGAGAUGGAUCUGUAAUACUUCUUCAUGAGAUCUCUGAAAGCAGUGAAGAAUCCUCUGAAAAACUCAAUCAAUUAAUUUCCUAGCAAAUGACAAGAUUUUUCCAACUCAACAUGAUGUCAAACCUUGAAGCUGACUCACUGCAGCGUGGUCUAGCUUUCCAAUGAGCAGUAAGCCUUCCCAUCCACUUAGGCUUCACCAUCCUUAACAGAAUGCCAAGUGAAGAAGAAGAAGGGGAGAAGAAGAGUUAAUGUGAAACAGUCAAUGCAGAAAUUAAAAAAAAAAAGACAUGUUUGUACUUUGAAAGAUGAGACUGACAUUUCAGAUGGCAGUUUUAUAUAUAUAUUUAUAUAUAUAUAUUUAAAUGUACAUAACAAACACACAGUGGAUCUUACAACUGACAUAUUGCAAUGGGCAACUAAUUGAAACAAAAGACAUAUUCUGAAGAUGUAAUUUAAUCUUACAAGACAAGUGAUUUAUUGCCACGAACAAAUAAUUGACACUAAAACAUAUUUUGAUGAUGUAAUUUAAUGGCAUUAAUAUAUUGUUCAUUAUUUUUGUGUUUGAUCAGAUUUCUCAAACAUCAUUUGUAAUAUACUCUUUGUACAGUGCACAUUCUGUUCUGCUUAUCUUGGAUGACUAGUAAAUCAGAAGACUGGGUUGACAUGAUGGUAAAGGUGUUUACCUCACAGACAUAAGGUACAGGCUUUGCUUCUUGGGAAGUAUGGCUAGAUUUAAAAGGGCUCACCUGGGGUCAUUGGCCUAGUAAUCACCUAUAAUCACUGCAUUAUUGAAUGUGCUGCUACUAGUGGUCUGGGGUUAAGAUAAGGAAGGAGCUAAGCUGGGGAAUGAAACAGGAGCAGAUUUUCUUGCACUAUUUUUAUCACCCAAAAAUGGGGUACUAAUUGCUUCAUUUUAUCCCCCGAGUGAUUGUAGGUGACAAACUGCAAUCAUAGUCACUCCACAGGCAUGAUUGCAUGACUGUCCCAUCUGGUGAUGUAUGCUGCAGUUUUGCUCACUUGCUUCUGGAUAUACCUUCUCAUUUGUUGGCAAAUUGUGAGCUAGAGUGAGAUGUGGAAGCUUUGCAGGAAACAUGGUAAACUGUUGAGCUCUUGCAAAUCAUGCAUUUGUAUUCCAGAUUGUCUUUUCUUCUGCAACUAUUUAAAAUGUUCAUCAGUAAUGUUGGAGUAGCAACAAUCUGUGGAGAAAUGGAUUCAUUGUUGAUGAAGGGGGUGGUCUGUUGUUGAAGAAAGGAAACAUAAGGUACUUUCCUUUUGAAAAUAGUAUAUGUUGACUUACUUCUCUAAAUAUUAAAUCUGAACAGGGACAUCAGUAAAUGUGGUAUAUAAUACUUUUAAGUCUUUUUCACUGAACAUAUUUUUAUACCAAGAAACAAAAUAUUUGGUCUGGUAGUUUAGCUUAGACAUCAGACUAAAGUCACUGUUACAAGUGUUUUUAUAACUUCAGCAGCAUAACUCCUAAAAUGAUUUCUUAUUGUUUAAUUAGACAAUGAUAAGGCAGUUCCCAUUUACAUGCAGACAUGCCCUGGCCCGGGUAACUGCAUUUACACUCUAAACUCAAUAGUAUUAUAAAAACAACAAUUUGCUUAAUUUAUAAAUGUCUUAAUGCUUGCAUAUGUAAAAAUUCAAAGUUGUUGAGCAAUUCAGCCAUAAAAGCUACUGAAGUUGCAGAUGCUAUAUCAGAGUUAUGGCAUGUGCUUGUGUGUGUGUGUGUGUGUGUGUGUGUGUGUGUGUGUGUGUGUGUGUGUAUGUGUGUGUGUGUUUGUGUGCACACGCAUGCACAUAUAUCAAUACUUAUCACUAUCUUUCUCUAUCUGUCUUUAUUUCUCCAAUUGCCAACUUUUUCCAACAGUUCAGGGACAUAGAGAGCCUAUCCCAGAACUCAGUGGGAAAAUGGCAGAGAAACUAAUCCAGGGCAGUACGCCUGUCUACUAUGCAACAUGCACAUGCAGUCUCUCACAAAAGGCAUGCACACCUACAGACAAUCUAGGGGAUUUCCAGUUCAGCUAUUGCAUGUCUUUGGGAUGUGAAAUGAAAUAGGAACACAGGAAAAACCCUGACAUACACAAUAAGGACAUGCAAACUCCCCACAAAAAACACCUUAGUGGAUGGCUGAACUGGUGGAUAAAGUGUUGUGAUACAACAGAAUAAAUCAAUGGCAUGACUACGUUACCAAUAUAUCCUAACAGUAACCAUAAAUAAUAAUAUUGUGACAGUAAUACAUAAGAGGUGAAAAGUAGUAUUUUAUUACCACUAUACUGGCAUCAUCAGUAAACUACCACACAUGAAAAUAUGGUAAAAUAAGAGAGAACACACUUAUAUCUGCACACAAUGAAAUCAUUGCAAGUUUUCACACAGAAAACAAUAAUAAACAAGUCUAUCUAAAGAUUCAUUCCCUACAUUAAAACAAUUAUCUGCAACUUGCUAUAACAACAUUUACACAUUAAUAUAGUAAUAAAUGUAGUAAAAAUGCAUCUAAACUGUAGAGAACUUCACACAAAUGCCUCAGAAUAGUCGUGAAAUGGACAGAAUUAACUAUCCUCAAAAAAAAAAAAAGAAAAGAAAAAGAAAUUAAAUCCUAAUACAGAUAGUAAAGAAAUGACCAUGCAUCUCACAUUCUACAGGAACAAAGCUUAAACAUAAAUCUGUUAAACAGUACACAUUGAAUAUAUAUUUAGACACCAGAACAAUCAAAGGAAAUAUUGAGAACCUAACUAUCCUUUUCCCAGAUAAACCAAUUGGGUCUACUUUAGGACCUCGAAAGUUUAAUAGCUCGAAUGCAUAUGGAUCGAACCAUAUGCAUCAAGCUAUUAAACAAUCGAAUUCCAAAAAAAAAAAAAA